ACUCAUUUCAUUUCUAAUACCAGCCAUGAACCCACCCUAUUGGCGAGUCGCUUCAACUCGUUUCCUGUAAUUCUCUCUCUCUUUCUCUCUCUCUCUCUAGGGUUUCAAACGUCGGCUACACACACCAAGCGACUCUUCCCCUGGAAAGAGAGAGAUUCUUCGAUUGAAUCAGUAAGCCCCACUACAGCUCAGCUAGGGUUCUUACUGGGUCAUAUUCGUGUGGGAAUUCUCCUCUUCCUUGUCCAUCUAGAUAGAUGGUCAAAGGGUUUUAGGUGAGAAAAGUGCCAUGGAAGACUGAAAAUUCCAAUAUCAGCUACUUAUUUCAAAACACAAUUUUGCUUUUGUUUCUAUGAGCUUUCCAGGAAUAAUCCUUUAAUGGGUAUCAAUCAAAUUUUCUAGAGUUGGGUUGUAUUUCCUUUUUGAGUAUGUUAGGAGAAGAAGAUAAAGACCCUGUGGCCGGUGCUGGUACCCGGAAAACUUAUUUCAGGUCGGUCUCAUGGGCCGGCCGGUCUCCAUCUAAGCCUAACCAAAACUUUAACCCUAACCCUAGACCACAACCGAAUAGUAAAGUGCGGUCGUGCUUGCCACCACUUCAGCCUCUUUCUAUCAUCCGGCGGAAUGUUGAGGAGUGGCCCAAGGCGGGUUCUGAUGAUCUUGGCAUAUGGCCUAAUCCACCCCAAACGCCAAGAGGGGAAGUUAAACCCCUUGAGAAUUCGAAUUCAGAACAACCCGUGAGAGAAUUCCAGUUUAAGAGGGAGAAGCUCGCAUUUUUCGAUAAGGAAUGCUCGAGAAUUGCCGAUCAUAUAUACUUAGGAAGCGAUGCUGUGGCAAAGAACCGUGACAUUUUGAGGCAGAAUGGAAUCACCCAUGUGCUGAACUGUGUUGGGUUUGUUUCUCCUGAGUACUUCAAGAGUGAUCUUGUGUACAAGACACUUUGGUUGCAAGACAGCCCAUCGGAGGAUAUUACUAGUAUUCUCUAUGACGUGUUUGAUUACUUUGAAGAUGUUCGAGAGCAAGGUGGGCGGGUUCUUGUGCAUUGUUGCCAGGGAGUGUCAAGAUCAACCUCUCUGGUUAUUGCAUACCUCAUGUGGAGGGAGGGGCAGAACUUCGAAGAGGCCUUUCAAUAUGUGAAGGCAGCACGAGGAGUGACUAACCCAAAUAUGGGUUUUGCUUGCCAACUUCUGCAGUGCCAGAAGCGAGUACAUGCUGUGCCUGCAAGCCCAAAUUCUGUGAUUAGGAUGUAUCGGAUGGCCCCUCACUCAUCAUACGAUCCUCUUCAUCUUGUACCAAAAAUGUUAAGCCAUCCGAGUGCACGGGCACUUGACUCUCGUGGAGCAUUUGUUGUGCAUGUUCCUUCUGCUAUAUAUGUGUGGACUGGGAAAAACUGCAACUUCGCUUUGUCAAAUAGUGCAAUGGUUGCUGCCUUUCAGGUAAUUCGAUAUGAAAGGGCUCAGGGACCAAUUGUGAGUAUCAAGGAAGGUGAAGAGCCAUCAGAAUUUUGGGAUGCCCUUGCAAGUGGGCAACUCUUAGCCGAUGGUUGUGGGAAAAUGGAGGUAAAAAAGGAAGAUAACCUGUCUUGCCAAAAUGAUCCAGAUGCUGCGGAAAAUCAAGUUGAGGUUAGUGAAAGGAAGGUUGAUGAUUAUGAUUUGGAUUUUGAAUUUUUUCACAAGGCACUUGCUGGUGGGGUUGUUCCACCUUUUCCGGUAUCAAAUACUGGAUCGGAAACUUGUCUUCCUGCCAGAGAAAAUGGAUGGGGGAGACUGCGGCGGAAGCUUGCUAAUGGUUUUAUGAAAGAAUUGGUCACCUUCUCCAAACUGAACAAUGACGGUACUCUAUCCGGUGACGAAUCAAAUAUGAUUAUAGAUACACAGAAAGAAGCAGAAGACCCCGUUUGUCUGAUUGAACUUUCACCACCACAGUCACCAUCCACCCAUCCAUGCGGUUCACCUGAUUCCUUUGACUGUUUCCCAAAUAGCAGCCCAGAUAGGAUAGGGGAAACUUCUAAAGAAGUGGAACACUCUUUUACUCUUACUUAUCCUUCCAUGUUACCAACACCUUGUGGUUCGCCAGAUUCAUUGCCUUGUUCUGUGACUCUUACUGAUCCUUACUUUUCACCCACACCUACUGGCGGUUCGCCAGAUUCUUUUUCUUGUUUUCCAUGCAGAAGCCCAAAGUUCAGCUCCAAGUCCCCAACACUCUCACCUUCAACAUCUGAUUACUCCAGUUCAUUUACCUUUUCACCAUCAUCUUCUAAUUGGUCCGACUUGUCAUACUUGUCUUCGCAGCAGCCUUCACCUUCUGGCUGGGAAUCUACAGAUCUAUUUACUCAUAAGAAUACUUCUUUGGCAGACAAUUCCUGUUUACUUCACAAAGAGACUUCUAUUCCUGCAGAGCAGUUUUCUGGCAAUCGUACUUUGAAAGUGGCAAAUGCUUCUUUUCCAUGUAAAGGAAUUUCCCCCUCUAUUGCGGAGCGCAGAGGGAGUAAUCCCCCACCUCGAAUGGUCUUACCCUCAGUUGAUGAGUCAUCUCAAGUCCCGAAGAAUCUGGUAAGAUCAUGGUCUUUCUCUCUACCCGACUUAGAGGAUGAUGUGAUGAAGGAUGUUGAUUGCAACCAGUUCGAGCAUGAAGACAAUAGAGAAGAGCUUAUAUUUGAUACUGGAUUUGAAUCACAUAGUACGAUUGAAGAUAAGCAAGAGGAUGGUAAUGAAUUUCAUCCUGUGUCUGGUGAUAUGGUUGACAGGGUCGCAGGAUUGAAGACCCCAGUUUUGUUCCAGUGGCCUUCUAUGAAAAAAGUGGAGAUGCAUCCCUUUUGUAUUCUUGAUUCUAGAUCGGUAUACAUUUUGUUGGCACCAGAUAUGAGUUUGGGCGCCAAUAAUUGUGGAAUCUUAUUUGUCUGGUUGGGGAGUGAAUUUUCGGAUGAGAAAUGGCAUAGUCAAGUGAUCGGCACUGAUGGCAAAUGUGGUAAUAGCCAUCUUCACUGGGAAGCAGUUGGCCGCAACUUGCUUAAUCGAAUGGAUUUACCAAUGGAUGCCCCUGUACAGAUAAUAAGAGAAGGUGAAGAGCCAGAGCAGUUUCUAAAACAUCUCAGCUGUUUAUCAUUUCAUAAGACACAGGACAGCAGCCACAGUUGAGAUUGGUUUGUGGAGAUGCAACAUUAGUCGGUUUAGCCCAUGUACGGAAUGUCAGAAAGGAUCUGUUACCGAAUUCGAAAGGUGAGUUGGCAUCCCGGGCAGUGCAAGUGAGACUAUUAUCUGCUUGUGUGAUGUAUGGUGAGGAUGUAUGUCAUUGUUAUAGUAAAGCAUGUACAGAGAACAAGCCUGCUGUACACUAAAAGGAAUUAGAAGUAAAUAAUAUAAGUUGGAAUAAGAAAAUCUAGUGUUUUUUUUUUC